AUGUUUGCCAGAACCGAUUUCCAACUGUCGCGAUAUCCAAGACCAUACAAACGUAUUCACGAUCAAGGAGGCGAAUUCAUUGGCAAAGCCUUUCAAGCAAAACUUGCUACUUGGGGAAUCCAUGAUGGCGGAACCACUAGCAAGAAUGCGACUGCAAAUGCCAUCUGUGAACGAAUGCAGUUGACAGUGGCAAACAUUUUGCAAACCAGAUACAACAAUGCUGCUCCAAACUUUCAAGUCGCUGUUGAAGAAAUUAAACGAGCUCUUGCUGCUUGCAAUCAUGCAAUGAGAUGUGCUGUAUCGACAGCAUUGAUGAACAAUACUCCUGGUGAGACUGUGUUUCAUCGUGACAUGCUACCUGUGAUUGUCGAUCUACUUUCUAUGCAGCAAAAGAGACAGUACAAGAUCGAUGAAAACUUGAGGAGACAGAACGCGAAGCGAAAAGAAUUUGAUAACAGAAUUGGUGGAGAAGUUUUGAUCAAGAAUACUGAUGGAAGGAAGUUGGAUCCAAAGCACAGAGAUAAAAGAACAGUCGAACAUUUCGGACAGUGA